UUUAAGAAAAGGAAAAGAGAGGCACCGACUGAGAUAUCAGAGCAACACAACCAAUGCUUUUCUCUUCAGAACUACUCUCAAAAUUAUUCUGUCAUACAGUUUUUAAGAUAUUUUGUUUAACCAGAUAUUCACGAGAAUACUAGUUUGUUGACAGAGCAUGAUUUGAAAAUUGGAAAAAAGUUUCCUUGCGUGUGGUAUGAUUGAUGUGAACUUGUUAGUAAGUGAGCAGUAAGAAUUUUGUUAAUAUUUACUGCACAAAUAUGCUUAACUGGUUCGGUUUUUGCAUCGAUAUUUCAUGUUGCUCUAAGUAGAUAAUGUCUCAUUCCUAGCUUAAAGUUUUUGUGGCUUGUUUUAAAGAGUUAGACCUGUUCUCUUUUGAGAAAACUUGCGGAAUAGUGGCUCUGGGUUGUUUUUCUUCAGGAAGUGAGUUAACUUUUUAGUCAUCGCCUGACUUGCGGCGCUGUUAAAGCGACUCUGUCAAUGAAAGCGACUCGGGGAAAGUUUCAGAUGUAAAGGAACCAGAAGGAGUCCAUCACAGCGUCGGCUUAACUGGAAAGAAUGGCCGGCGUGAUGCGCACCCUGAGCCGCUGCCUGCUUCCAGCCGAAGCCGGUCAGGAGCGAAGUAGCGAGAAGGAACGGGAGCGAAACCGGGAUCUGAACCAGGAGCGAAAAGCCAAGCGCCGGAGUCGAGAGAUCGAUGCCAUGCUGGCCCGGGACAGAAGGUCCGUCCGACGCCUGGUCAGGAUACUUCUGCUAGGGGCUGGAGAAAGUGGGAAAUCCACGUUCCUGAAACAGAUGAGGAUUAUCCACGGGAAGGAAUUCGACCAGAAAGCUGUUCUGGAUUUUAGGGAUACAAUCUUUGAGAACAUCAUCAAGGGCAUGCGGGUGCUGGUGGAUGCCCGUGACAAGCUGGGGAUCGCCUGGCAGAACUUGGAGAACGCCAAGCACGGCAUGUUCGUGAUGGCCUUCGAGAACAAGGCGGGCGUGCCUGUCGAGCCCAGCACCUUCCAGCUGUACGUGCCGGCGCUGCAGGCGCUGUGGGCCGACGCUGGCAUCCACGAGGCCUAUGGGCGCAGGAGCGAGUUCCAGCUGGGGGAAGCAGUUAAAUAUUUCUUGGACAACUUGGAUCGCAUUGGGCAACUGAGCUAUCUCCCAAGCAGACAGGACAUCCUUCUUGCACGGAAAGCCACCAAGGGGAUCGUACAGCAUGACUUUGUCAUCAAGAAUAUCCCCUUCAUGAUGGUGGAUGUGGGAGGACAGCGCUCCCAGCGCCAAAAGUGGUUCCAGUGUUUCGAUGGAAUCACCUCCAUCCUCUUCAUGGUGUCCUCCAGCGAGUAUGAUCAGGUCCUAAUGGAGGACCGCCAUACCAACCGGCUGGUGGAAUCCAUGAAUAUCUUCGAGACAAUUGUCAACAACAAGCUCUUCUCUGAUGUCUCUAUCAUCCUUUUCCUGAACAAGAUGGACCUUCUGGUGGAGAAGGUGCAGACGGUGAACAUCAGCAAGUACUUCCCCGAUUUUAGGGGCAACCCGCGGUGCCUGAAGCAUGUGCAGGAUUAUCUAGUACAGAGCUUCAACCGACGGAGGCGGAACCGCAGCCGGCCUCUUUUUCAUCACUUCACCACUGCCAUUGACACGGAGAACAUCCGAUUUGUGUUCCAUGCGGUCAAGGACACCAUCCUGCAGAAGAAUCUUAAGGACAUCAUGCUAGAGUAAAAGACUGUUGGGGCAGGAACCUGAGACCAACACCUGGACUUUCUGCUUUGAAAUCUGUACUUCCAUGACUUUUCAAGCUUACAGAACCUUUCAUGGAGUAUGCUAAUUUUAUAGUGGGAAUUAAGAUAAUAGAGAAAGUUAAAAAAUAAUUUACAGUAGUGAAAUAGUUUGAAAUGGGCCAACAUGGCAAUAUUCUUUUGGAUACACCUGCCACUGACGAUCCAUUUCCUCUGCAUGGUUCUAGCUGGCAGCAAGCUUGGAACACACUUUGAUUUUGACUUUAUUUCAGCUGCAUCCCUUGCAAAAAAUAAAAGAAAAAUCUAUGGUACUUUUUAAAAACACUGUAAAUGAAGGGCAGUUUUGGUCUUUGGUAUAUGCACCCUCUGAAAUCAGCUGGGUACUUUGUAAUGUAUUUGCUCAGAAAGUAUCUCAGUUGGUUGAAUGACCACGUGCACUAAUUAGUCACAGGCUCGAACUUACAUAAACUAUAUAAAUAUCAGUCAAAGGCCCUGUUCAUUGUUCAAAGAAAAUCACACCACCCUCGCUCCUAGUGUGCGAGCGCUUGUGUGUGUGUGUGUGUGAAGUAGGUUUAUAUUGCAAUGUGGGGACCAAACAUCCCUCACAAUGUGAUAAAACCUGUUACUUUGACAUUGUGGGGACUAAAA